AUGUGGGUCAACUGGGUCAUGCUAGUUGAAACAUAUUUCAUCUUGUUGUAAAAUCAUUUCAAACAACAUCAAAAUAAAUUAUUUAUAUUUCGUUUCAAUUCAUUUGUUUUAUAGAAAAUAAAUACCACAUUGACAUGGAAUUUAAAAAAAUUUACAAAAACAUAAAUAUUGUUUUAUUUUUAUGAAAUUAUUUUAAGAUGUUUAUGUCAUCAUCAGUUUGGAAGACAAAUAUAUUUUCAAAAUCUUUAAAAUCAAAAGAUCUAAAUAAACGUUUUAAAUCUAUGAAAGUUGCUGUUCUUGGUGCUGGUGGAAAAACUGGAAAUGCAUUAUCAUUUUUUUUAAAGCACUGUUCAUUGAUUGAUGAAUUGUCAUUAUACGAUGUCACUCCAAUAAAUCAUAUAAGUCAUGAAUUAAAUCACAUUGAUACAAAAUGCAAAGUAACAUCAUCAUUACCAGGUGAUGAAGGCUUGGCAGAGACAUUAAAAAAUUCAAAAAUUGUCAUGAUAACUGCUGGUCUACCUUUAAAAAAUGAAAAUAUAAAAAAUGAUAUUUUCAUGACGAAUGGUGAAAUUCUGGCAACUUAUAUUACUCAAAUAAUCAAGCACUGUCCUCGUGCAUUAGUUAGUGUUGCAACAAGUCCAAUUAAUAAAUUAAUACCAUUGUCUGCUGAAGUUUAUAAAAGAUUUGGUAUAUUUGAUGCAAAUCGUUUAUUUGGUAUAACAACAUUAAAUUGUUUACGUGCAAAUUUAUUAUCAUCAAAAAUAAUUAAUAUUAUACCAGAAUAUAUUAAUGUACCAGUUGUUGGUGGUUGUUGUUCAAUGACUUGUGUACCAUUAUUUUCACAAGCCAAGCCUUCAAAUGAAUUUACAAGUGAACAAAUUAGCAGACUUAUUAAUGCAGUUAAAGUGGGCGAGGAAGAUGAUGUGAUGAAAGAACAUCAUGAUAAUGAAAAGUCUUCAUUUUCCAUGGGUUUUGCUGCUGCACGAUUUUGUAUUUCUUUGUGCAAGGGUUUAAAAGAACAUCGUGGUAUUGUUGAGUGUGCAUAUGUACGUUCAUGUGUACUACCAGAAGUUAAAUACUUUGCAGCGCCAAUUGAACUCGGACCUGAUGGUGUUCAAAGACAUCUAGGUUUACCAUCAUUAACAUUAUAUGAAUCGAAAAUUCUUGAUAAUGUUUUACCAGUUAUUAAAAGUGACAUUCAAGCUGGCGAGACACUUGCUUUGGGAUCAUGUUCUACAUCAUCUGAAUUUUGUAAAAAACCAUUUGAUAUUUGUCAACAAGAAAUAUCAGCAAAUAUGAUGAAGGAAAUUGUCAAUCAUCCAAGAAAUUUUAUUUAAAAAGUAUUUAUUAUAACUGUUUAUAUUUUUAAAUAAAUAAAAAUACUUUUAGUAUAUUUUUACUACGACGA